GGAUAUUUCAUUUAGAACUCAAAAAGCGUAUUGUGCUAUAUUUAAAAAAAAAUAGCACAAUACGCUACUUUUUCUAUGUCUAUAAUAGCAUUGGGCUUAUGAAAUAUAAAGUUUUAAUGUCUGCUGAUUCAUAAAUUGACGUUUCCAAGGCAAACAAUUUCUGGUAAUUGGAUUCUUCCCGCGAACGAGUACAAUACGCCGCGCAGUUUGUGGUUCCAAGUAACCUCAUCGGUUAAGGCUUAACCUAUCUCGCGGCUAGAGACUCAAACAAAAGAUUAUGGUUGACAUAUUUAUAAAUAUUUCUUACAAGAAAGUAAAUAUGUCAAAAUUUUACACUUGAUAAACGAAUGAAAAUUUUUAUUUUUCACUUAUAAUAAUAAUGUGAUAUGAGAAUAAUACGGAGUUAUAUGUAUAUUAUGGAUGUAUGUACAAAUUACAACCAUCCAAUGCACUUCACGAUGACACCAUUAAGUACAUUUCCAUCGUAUGAAAUAAAAGCUUACAUGAUUUCAUGCUCAAUGCUUUCUAGUGUUUUAUGUUAAUGAUUCUACACUGCAACUUUUCACGCAUUCACAUUCAAUAUAAAUGGAGAUAAGUUUCAUGCUAUAACAACGAUUGAUAAUACAUCGUCUACACUUUGUAAAAAUUCAUUCAAUAUUAAAAAAUAUACAUAUAUAUGAAUCAAUGUUAAAAUUGAUAAAUAUAUACUCUUAUAUAAAACUAAAUUCAUUUAAAUUUCUGCUAAUAAUUAUAAGAUCUAUGUGUCACAUCAUUUUAUUUAUUAAUAUAUGUCUUUUUAACUUACUAUUUUAAUUUCAUAUGAAUUUUUUUUCAAGUAUAUUACAAUAUAAUAUAUAAAAAACUCAUAUCAGAAUUGAUUCAGUUUGUCUGCUUACAUUCGGGUCUUACAAAGAGUCAAGAAGCCUUACCGAGGGCAAAUACUUGAGGAUUCUAGGGCAUAGGAUAUUCGUUGACUGCCAUCAGCAACUGCCUACAACCGGUGACCGGUGACCGGCGACUUGUCCAUGUCAAUUCCCUCCCAUACAUGACCACUUUCCGAAGGACGAGGCUGGCGAUUUGAAUGUUUGAAUCCCCCUCGUGGAUUUCAAAUUUGAAAGCCCGUGACUUCGGUGACUUUCUCGCGGACAGUUCCACGCCCGCUACCGUUCUUGUUCGUGCGCACGCUCCUCCUCGUCGUCGCCUCGCCUCGCCUCCUUUCCUUCAUUCUCACAUCAAGGACGCGAUUGCGGAUUUCGCAUUCUGUUCAGUUCAGUGCGCGUUUCUCCGCGCGGAUGCUUGUGAUUACCUUCAUUCUGACAACGAGGACGCGAUUGCGGAUUGCGGAUUCUGUUCAGUUCACAUUUCUUCGAGCGGAUGCUUGAGCAGCGAACGCUCGUCGGGCGCAUGUACUAGAGAUUGCAUGGAGAGUUCACCGCUCUGAUUUUUAAACGCUCGCUGCGUACUUGCUCCUGUCCUAGAGGCUUGGAAUUCUCUUCACAGAUCGAAGCAGAUCGAAGCAGCGUUCAGUUUUUUAUGGCCAACUAUUAUGAUUUAGAUGACAUUUUGACGGAAGAAGAGUAUGUUAAUGUCCACUUCAGAUUCGAAGCUGCAGGCCUUGGCGUACUAGAUCCAGGUUCCGAGCACGACAAUAUAGAUGCCGGAGCUAAUGUCGAGAUUCCCCUCUGGCUUGCACAUGAUCUUUGCAACAGGAAGUUUGUCUCCAUCAAACUACCUUAUUUCUAUAAUGAGAGAGUCAGGAAGGAGAUCCAAGCUGAUGCCUCAUGCGUGGACUUGGGAAGGUGGUGCCCGUAUUUCUACGAACUGGGCUUAAAACUAGCUCCAAUGUCUUCGGACCCAACUUUGGGAUCUUUCCUUCUCUACUGCCUUCAGGGCCGCUAUAAAGAAAUGCUGUGCAAGUCUCAUACAGUUGCUCUAACUACUGCUCCAAAGUUUGUCACUUUGUUGACCCAAGAAGAGUUUCAACUAUUCGAGGCAGCUCGUGAUUCGAUGAAAGCGUACAACAAGUGGCGGUUUCAAGGUUGCAGACUGGAGCGCGCCGCUGUGCUGGGCAGAAAAAGGCGCCAUAAUGCGCUUCUCUCCCCCUUCGAGCUGUCUUAAGUUGGACUUGUCUCGAGUGAAACUCCGUGACCCAACGUGUACAAUUUUCAUCGAGACAGAAUAUUGACCAAGAGAUCGUCUGCUGUGAUCGAGACGAGCAAAGCUGAAAUUGGUGAACAAUUGAUUCUCUCUGUCAAUUGAAGUGUGGGGUAGAAGAGCUCGUGUUUAUCUGCUCUACACAUGCUCUCAUUUCAGUGUGAGAAAAGGAGCAGUCUUUGGACGACGAUACAGAUCACUGAAGAGGAUGCAGAUCACUGAUGCCUGGUGACUCCUAGAGAGGUGAACAAUGGCUGAACCAAAGUCUACACCUCAUCAGAUGUAGUUCAGGUCUGCCAUUCACAUCUACAGCUGUCAAAUUUGCUAUAUGAAAAGCAAAGUGCAAGCUCUAAUGAGAUAAAGGUCUCAAACGGUGAAUGAAAGGCAUAGAGCGAGCUGUAUGAGACAAAGGUCUCAAACGGUGAAUGAAAAGCAUAGUGUGAGCUGUAUGAGACAAAGGUCUCAGACGGUGAAUGCAACGACAUAUCGAAUUGAUAUGUCGUUGCAACGACAUAUCAAUUCGAUGGUCAAAGUUUUCAGCUCACAUUACCUAACUUCUCAGGGACCUAGGGUAUGUAUAGUAACAGAUUUUAGGUUGCGUUUGCCCAACGUAGCAAGUGAAGAUAAGGCAGUUGAAGAUGAAAGUGACUGCUCGUCUCUUGUGCAUGUGAGUAAUUGCAACGAAUUGCAACACUCACCCAGUAAAGAAACUCAGUCUUCGUUCUCUUAUCAAUCUUUAAAUGAUAUAUUACAUUUCGUGUAGCAGAUAGUUAUCUUUCUAGAUUACUGUAAGAAUUACAGUACAGUUGAAAAGUCUAAGCGCUUCGUCCACAAGUGCAGAGUAGAAAUGGAUUGUUGCUCCGUAGUGCAGUGCGAAUCCUUGGUGUCAAGUGUUCGGAUUCUUGAAAGAUUUAUGUUCCAACCACCCAAAGAG